AGUCACAUCACACCGGAAACACACAGCAUGGAAGCGUUCGUCAACGGUACAGAUGCUGCUGCCCUUCAACCGUUAGACGAAAUUUUUGGAGUUAACGACCUGCUGGAUGACAUUAUUCACGUAAUCGGUAACGAUAUACACGAAAAGAUGCCUCCAUUAACCGCUCAGCGCCCGUACGUGGAGAUCACCGAGCAGCCACAUCCGAAGGCGCUACGCUUUCGCUAUGAGUGCGAAGGACGCUCGGCCGGAUCAAUUCCGGGCGUCAACACGACGGCCGAUCACAAGACCUUCCCGAGCAUACAGGUGCACGGGUACCGGGGCCGGGCCGUGGUAGUGGUGUCCUGUGUCACCAAGGAGGGCCCAGAUCACAAGCCCCACCCGCACAAUCUGGUCGGCAAAGAGGGCUGCAAGAAGGGCGUUUGUACCGUGGAGAUCAACAGUACCACCAUGAGUUAUACCUUCAACAAUCUCGGCAUCCAGUGCGUCAAGAAGAAGGACGUCGACGAUGCGCUGAAGCUGCGACAGGAGAUCCGGGUCGAUCCAUUCCGAACCGGAUUCGCUCACGCCAAGGAACCGGGCUCCAUCGACCUCAACGCCGUCCGGCUGUGCUUCCAGGUGUUUCUCGAGGGACAGCAGCGUGGCCGGUUUACGGAACCACUGGCACCCGUCGUCUCGGACAUCAUCUAUGACAAGAAGGCGAUGUCGGAUUUGAUCAUCUGCCGGCUGAGCGAUAGCACGGCCCCGGUGUGCGGCGGCAAGGAGAUCAUCUUGCUGUGCGAAAAGGUCGUCAAGGAGGACAUCAAGGUGCGGUUCUUCGAGAAGAAGGGCAACGUCACGGUGUGGGAGAAUUACGGCGAGUUUUCACACACGGACGUCCACAAGCAGGUGGCCAUCAGCUUCCGGACGCCACCGUACCGAUCGAUCGAUAUCACCGAUUCCGUGGAGGCAUACGUACAGCUUGAGCGGCCAUCGGACAACACGUACUCGGAGGCUCGUGAAUUCAAGUUCAUCCCGCUAGACACAGGUAGGCGCCGAUUUUCGUCUCUACAGCGUGAUCUUGCGAACAAUCCUAGCGACACUCCCGAGGACCGGCUCUUCAAGCGCAUCCUCCUGGAGGGAUCGAACCGGGCGCUGGUGGAGCGCCAGCGGCCGAAACCGAUCACGAACGGUGCCCCGGCGGUUCGCACCGACGAGGUGAUCGUGCUCGACACCCCGAACGUGGAGGAUAAACCGUUCGCCACGGAAACGGUAUCUAGCGAUCAGAAAACGAACGAAUGGAUACAACGAAAUGAGUUCAGUGUGGCCAUCAACAACAACAACAACAACAUCAGUGAUGAAGCAUCAUCUGGUAACGAUAAUCGUAUGGUCAUUGGGGAUACGAACAACAAUAUCUACCAGACGAAUUCUGACGAAGAUCGCACGUUGAACGAACUGCUGGAGCAAGUGGCUGAGCUGGACGAGAUAUACACCGAUCAUCAGCUGCGCCGCGAGAACAUGAUUCUGGAGCACGAGCUGAACACGCUGGAGCAAUCCGUGCCCGUCCAGCUCGGAUCACCGGGCGGUGAGCGGAUGGACAUUGACGAAGUGUUUGAUGAUGCCGCCACCUACACCAGUCUGCAGCGCGCCUUCAAGAAUCCCCUCUCCAUUUCGCUCGGUCCACCGGUACCUCCGAGACCGGAGCACGCCAGACUUGAUCCUGGCGUGUACGACGCGGUAGAACCACUGCACGUUCCCACGAUUGAGGUGAGCUCGCUGAAGCGCGAGUCGCCGGAGAACGAAAAGCUACCACCGUUGCCUCCGAAACGUGCCAAACCGAGCGUGCAGAACAAGGAGAACACGGCGCUCGAUGCGAACGAUGAGGUGCUCCUGAACACCAUCAUUCGCAAGGGCUCGAUGCGUAGCCUGGUACCGCGCCCCCAGUCCGACCAGAUCAUCAUCAUGAAAACGCCGGACAGUCCACCAACCAAGAAGCUGCCCCCAACACCGCCCGCUUCCCCGUCUAAGGCGUCCACUAGUGGGUCGGGUGCCGGGGACUUUAGUACACUGCCCAAGAAUGGCAGCAAAAAGCCCGGCUUCUUCUCGAAGCUGUUCUCGCGCAAGAAGAGCAAAUCCGAUCUGACCGCCAGCACCAGCACACUGAACCGCAAGACACCCGGGGCCGGUGAUUCGGAAGACUCGACCCCGGUCCAUGGGGCCGGUGGGGGAAAGAAACUGCGCGAUUCGACCGGCCGCGGUUCGUUCCGGGAUGCGGUGAGCGCGGAUAAGCGUAAACCGGGCAAACCGGUUGCCCGCAGUGUCAGCAGUGUCAGUGCCCGCCGGCCGGCCUCCGAAGCCAAUCCGGAUUUUAUCUACAUCCCACUGAAGGGUGACGGUCCCGGAAUUGCCAUGCAAUCACGUAACGGAGGCAGCGGAACGCACCUGUCCCUGCCGGGCAACGAUUCGUACGAACGGGCCAGUACGGCUUCACUGCCACCGCUCGACCGGAAGGCCGUCAGUGCCCUGCAGCUGGAUGUGCCCAUCCAGGAUGGCAACCUGGAGCUGGUGGCGAUCGCUGACGCACGCAGCAUAAAGAAUCUCGUUGAAGGCAACUACGGUGUCCAGCUGGACCCGAGCGUAGAUCUGACGGAGGCGGAACACUUUGCCCUGUACACCUCGAUAGCCCCGAACGCGGCACUGAGCGAGUUCGACGAAACCUCCUGCUACUAUGCUCCGGUCGAACCAAGUCCACUGGCCUCACUCCCAACGCAGCAGCAACAGCAACAGCAGCAGCAACAGCAGCAAUACCAAACCACCAUGAUGGCCACCAACAGUGACGUCUGA